AUGUCUUUAAAGUCAGUCAAUUAUCAAAAGAGUCGCUCAAAUCAUAGUAGUUUGAACGGUUGUGCAUCUUCUAAAGGCGUGAAAAGAAGUAUAUCUAAAACUUCACUUAAUUCGACAUUAUUAUCAAGCCCAACAAAUUCCACGAGCGGCAAGAUGAAGAGCAAUAUGAUGUUUCAAGAAGACAUAACAAGUCUUGAGGUGAAGUACGCCGACUAUGGAGAGCAAACCUCAGCUAGAAACGCAAUGAUUGAUUUUGACAGACUCAAUGAUACCUCAAGCUCAAGUCCAAUCUCCUCACCCGUAUGCACUUCCACUAGUUUAGGAUUCUGGAAAGGGGAUACUUCGGGGCCUUUGGAAAACACGCUUCAGAGCAAAGGUUCAUUUAGUCCAAGAAUCAAACCCCCCAGAGUACCAAGUGUGGUGUCAAUGUCUGCUGCAGAUAAAAGACCAUUGUUUCUCAGGAUAACCAAACGAAAAACGUCUUCUAUUCCAGCCACUCCUCUUCAGGAUUCGUUCCCUCCGUCGGAAAGUGGUUCAGCUAAACUUAAGCAACGAAUUGGAAGUUUCAGCACCCACAAGUCGAUCGAUGAUGUUAGCUCCAUGAUAUCCGUUGACAGUAUAUACCUGACGGUGUCCACUGUUGUUGAUAGGACAAAAGGCAGAAUGAAAAGCUUCAUAAAGAAAACCAGCAGGUUGUUGACAGAUAAAACCAGGGCAAGCUAUGAUAACGAUUCCGGAGCCAUUGGGGUCUCACAUGGUGCGAGUCUGAAGGAAUCAAUUGGUUGCAAUUCGAAUUUGGAUGCGAACAGCCAAAUCCACACCCAGCAUGUCUUAGUACACCAAACUUCCAGAAACUCUCUGAAAGCUUUACAAGACGAUUGGCCCUAUGGGACUCGUGCCCCUGCCUCCUCUCACACUGCUGCUCCCUUGGAGAAACAAAGUCCGAUCUCCAGCAUCACAAAACAAACUUCCCUCAGAAAUUUGAAAUCACAAUGGUCUUUUCCUUCGUUAUCUUCAACUGAAGAUCCUGAACAAUUCGACUUACUGAGGAGACUUGAAAUGUUUGGGAUCUCUCAGAAAAGUAGGCCACAACAAGCUACUACGGUGGAUAUCAACUAA